UCCUGUCAAUCAGCGAGUUCGGGGGCGGAGCCUGGGAUAUCAGCGUCAAAGAAUAUGGCGCGUUUUGGGGCUGCUGAUUUACAGAGAGAGCAAUUUCGUAGAUACUUAGAAAAAGGCAAUGUGCUGGAUAUGCUUACAAAAGUGCUGGUCAUCCUGUAUGAAGAACCAGAGAAGCCCAACAAUGUCAUGGAUUUUUUGAAACAGCAUUUGGCCAUAGGUCCUGAGCCUUCAGAUGUAUUAGCACUGCGACUUGAAAUAAUAGAACUGAGACAAGAAUACCAAUUGCAGCUGGAGGAAAAUAAAGAACUAAAAGAGAAGCUUGCACAGUUUGAACUGCCAAAAGAGACAGGACAAACUGAAUAGCGAAUCAGGAAUUUCCAUGUUGUCAGAAGGCGUGAAGUGAAUUUGGAUUAUUUCAGCUUUGGAAAUCCUAUCAAUUUUGGGGACUUAUAGGGCAGAAAAUCAGCCAGCCCUUUGUCAAAUAAGUUGCCACUUUCAGCUGACCACAUCUCUUUCAAAUGAGAGAGCAGCCCGAUAGUCCUCUGGCAUUAUGGCAACUUUACCUUUACCAUACAAUGAUGCAGUUGCUGUAUUGUGUGCUUGUCUGCAGAGCAGCAUUUGGAAUUAAAUAUUGAAACAUACUUCAAAAAAUGUGUUUAAAUUAGAACAAUGUAUUGGUUACAUGAGGAACUUUGAUUCAGAUAUGAAAAAAACAAAACAAACUGUUCAUGUAUUGUUGGAACUGUCUAAAAUGUUGUAUUCAAGUUGGAAUGAUGUUCCCAGAGACCUGAGAGAGAUUUCAAUGAUUGUUUGGCCUAGGUUUGUUAAGCACGAAGUUUGUGGGGAGGUGUACUGAGCUUGUUAAGAAGUACAUUUUGUCUUACAUAUGCUGCUAGUUUGGGUGCAACAGGUUAAUAGUACAGGUGGUGCAAUACAGUCCCUAGCAUUGCAUUAUCUGGUCACAAGCCAGACUGAACAAAUGGAACUUGGCAGCACUUGAGUGCAGUUAUUAACCUCCCUUGUUCACCGUUCAUGCCAGCAGUUUGGCAGAAAGUGCAUUCUGGUUAUCAGACCCACUAACUCAAAACUGGAGUCCAGUACCUUAGAGCAGCAGGUCCACAGGAAUAGUAUUUUAUCAGUAAAGUACUUUUAUUAAUAAUCUGACUGACAACAGGACUAAUUGGCUCCAUUAAUACACAAACCCUGUUGCUGCUUGUAGUUGUAAAGGACUUCACUGUUUCUCUUUUUUGGAUUUACUCAAUAAAUUUGCUUAUACAU